UGAACCACACGGAGGUGUUACGACAGAACUUUUGACACUAACGUCAACAGCUUCGAAAGAGAAAACGCGAUGACGAUAUUGCAAAUAACAGCAAUAAUUUGUGAAUUUCUUAUCGGGGUAGUUUGUCUUGUCUCUGGACUUCAAGACUGUAAAACUUUCUUUAAUCUGGCGGAUGUAACGGACAACUUUACUACUGCAGACACCAUCUCUGUAGUGAACAACUCGGAGCCUUUGGAUUGUGUCAGUAGAUGUUUUCGACACUCCCGAUGUGUCGGGGCGAGGUUUGUUGCCAACAGUGGCCAGUGUGAGAUGUACGCAGCCUACAAGACUCACACAGCCACGGGGACGGGAUCAAGUGGGGACAAAUACUACAUUAUGGAAGCUCAUUGCGGCUCUCCAGCCCCGUCUCUGCCCACUUCCUAUUGGAGGAAUGACGUCAUUGCCACCACUUCACCGUGCAACGAUACAACAGCUUUUCUUGGAACCAGUGCGACGAUAUUUUGUUUUCCAGGAUCGUCAGUCUGGACACAAGCAAAUGGAACUUGUGUUGACAAAGCGUCUCCCGUAUCACUUAGCGGUGCAUAUCUCCACCCAGUGGACUCCGGGUUCUCAUUGGUUGCAACACCUACAUCGGCAACAUUUGAUGUGACAUUCAUUGCGGGAAAUGGAGACUACCUCUUGAAGAUUGCAGUGAAAAUUGAUCAGACAAAGGUCAACCGAAACAGCCGUGUGUCUUCUUCAUGGCAGACCUCCGAGACGGCCCUGAUAUUCCCGUUCCCUUUCGCAGUGGAUAAGAUGUUUAUCAUGGACAUCUUGUCAUCGGAGUCUGAGUUCAAGUGCAAGAUUGAUGGCGAGACGUUGUUCACCUUCCAACAUCGCCUACAGAGAGAUAGCCUAGAAACUAUCAAAAUAGUUGAUGUCAACAUAAAAUCUAUUAUAUUAAUCUGAAUCAGUGAGGAAAAUAUAUCAGGAACGCAUUUGCAAGUUCAACCUAUUUCACAUCAUACUGCUGUGGCACUGGUUUAGAAACUCUGGGGAAUCGGUUAAAGUACUGACUUGUCACAGUCCCCACAGAGCAUGUGACCUGUGUGACAUUCUUGGCAUCCCGCACCAGAUGUCACCAAUUACAGUGUCCUAUCAU